UUUCAUACAUCUGUGUGUGCAAAAAUAGCAGUAAAAUUCAAUUUUGAAUUUAGCUGCUAUUUUUGUACACACAGGUGUAUAUCAAUUAUUACUAUCUACAUAUGUACAUAUUUCAGAUAUUAAUAAAACUGAUGUCAUGGCCCACCACAAAAUCGUGCGAGAGACGAAAGUCCUAGUAAAAAAGGUGCAGCAGACAGUGUGCCGCAUCUCGGGAGAAAGUUGCGAAGACUUUCACACCGAACUGGCAGUUCUUAUGCCAAUGCAGACCUUGGAUGCGGUCUUUGAUUUGGAGGAGAAGAUAUUAGAAAAAAAUUAUGAAGAUGCAGUUAUAACAUAUCUUUUCACUUUAAAGGGCACUUCUGGGGAUAUUGGCGAAGUUAUGAAGCGAGUUUUUGGCGACGAAGUCCUCAGUUUGUUCAAUUGGGAUGGGAAGUGCGGGAAGAAAUCGCUUUCAGAAUUAAAAAUAGUUAGCGUGGCUCUAUUUGAAAUUUUCAAACUGCAUGGACGCAUCGACUUCGAAAAGGAAGUCCGAAAGAGCGUUGAGCAAAGCGACAACAGGCAAAAGCAAAAACGCUAUUUGCUGAACAAAAAAAACGUAUAACAAAAUUGCAAAUUUUUCUUAAAAUACUAAUAU